AUGCCAUCUGCAUCUACAUCCAAUUCGGCUCCUUGCGACGACUACCACAAGGCCAAGUCGUCAGCUAUGGCACAGGUAAACACAUCGGACUCUGCUUCGAGGCACCCGAAAGUCGACAGGAUCGUGACGGCUGUAGUCUUCCCAUCAUCAAGUCGCAGCUCAGACGACACUUUCGGAGAGGAUGCCAGAGAAGCCGCGAAUCGGUCCAGCGGUUCUUCCUCUAUAGCUUCGCCUGCAGUCUCGACGCCGCGAGCCACGUCGCCCGACCAGAUCUCGUCGCCGGCUGCUCGCAGCAGAACAGCGUUUGAAGCGCGUGUCUCCCGCGAUAGCCUGGAAAGCCCUGUCUCACCCGGUUCCGGAUCCACCGUUCCAGCCUGCAUGGCCGGUCUGGCCUUGCAAGUGCAGUCAGCCGUCUCGAGAAAUGUCACCGGUCCUCUGGUGCAAGUCCUCGCCGAUGCAGAAGAGGCGGCCGCUCUUCAUCCUAGACCAGAGCACCCUACGCAACCCAGCAACUCUCAAGGUGCGGAAGCGAGCAGCUCAAAGUCUCAGAGCGCGCUACUGGACCGACAAGCGUCAGGAAGCUCCCACUAUGCCACUGCACUCAACUCUCCGAAUCUGGAGUCAACAGACACCGCAACGCGCUCACAUCUUUCUAACUUGCUUAGCAGCAGCACAAGCGAGGAGGACAUUGAAGCAGCUCUCGGCUUGAUGCGGGACAGCUCUUUGAUCGAGCCGCUGUCCCAUCCGCUGGUGGCUCCUGAGCUGCAAGAGCGCGACAACGGCAGCAGUGACGGCAGCGGCACUGAGACCUCGGCAGCUCAGACGGACAUCAGCCGUACCCCAUCCACUUCGACAACAGGCUCAAGCCACGCUGGCAGUCUCGACACAGCGAUCAGCUCGGUUCCGUCGGGCACCGAGUUCGAGAACCACUACAAGUCUCACAUCGAAGACGCCUCGGCAGAUACCCUCAGAGUCGAUGUUGCAGGCUACGACUCGACUGAGCCCCCCAGCCAGGCUUCUCCAGUCUCCGUCAUCUCUGAAGUCGACACCGCCUUCUUGGAAUACCCAGGUCUCAUCGAGGACGGCACCCUGGACCCCAGCAUCGCCGAAGCGAAGUACACGAUGGCCAAGGUUCGUCGCUACGCUGCACUGCUCGAGCUGAUCGACACGGAACGCAACUACGCCGACGAUCUCGCUACAUUGGUGCUCGUCUUCUUUGAUAACCUCUGCAUGAUGCCAUUCUUCAACGACCAGCCCGCUCGCCAGGCUCUAGUGAUGCGGAAUUCGGAGGAUUUGCUGCGAACACACCAGAAGUUGUCAGCCAAGCUCGAGGGCAUCCUCAUCGACCUCGGUCUUCGAAAAUCUGGCCAGCAACGACUGGCGGAAGACAAAAGGACCGAUCUUGAGAAGGCCUUGAGCCCUCAAGCCGACGAGGCUGUAGUCCGUGUCGCCAAGCUCUUCAACCAGAUGAUGCCCUCGCUGCAGAGCUACAAAGCCUUUUGCUCGCGCCACGGCGAAGCGCUCGCCCUGAUCCGCGAAGCCGAAAAGCGACAUGCCGAUUGGGACGCCUUCGAGAAGCACUGCGCCGAUGUCCUCAAGCUCACCAGGUUUGGGCAAAAGGGAAGCGCCGAUACGCCCAAUACCUUUGCCAACAGUCCAGCAUCUUACUUUACCCCCAUGACGACAACGAGCUCAUCACACGUCUCAUCGGGAUCCACCUCUACGCUGAACGCUGCUGGCGCGGGCUCAAACCACGGCAGUGCUUCAACGACACCUGGCUCGGGUACGAGUGUCAUGCGCCAAAACUCUUCCCGACUGCUCUUCAGAGACUUUCUCAUCAAGCCCAUCCAACGCCUCUGUCUGUAUCCGCUCGUGCUGCAGACGCUGCAGAAACACAGCUCCGCAACGGGCGGUUCGGUCGAAGAGCUUGCGUUGGCCAUCUCACUAAUGAGGGAGGUCGCGGAUCAGGUGGACGAGGCUGGAAAGCGCCGCGAGUCGGAACUGCGUGCCGACCUCAUUUCGUCGCGCAUCGAGCCGAUCCAGGGUGUCACCUCCAGCUUCCUCAAAUCGCUGGGAGACUGCCAGCUGUCUGGUACGCUGGAUGUGCUGCACCACCACCGCACGCUAAACCCGCUGGUAGCGCCUCUGCGCUUCAAGUACUUUGGCGUCUUUAUCUACCAUAGCUUCCUGCUUAUGGUCAAGGUGCGCAAAAAUUCGACGUAUGAGUGCCGCCACUGGUUCCCUCUGUGGGCAGCACGUCUCUCCAAUGUUGAGGAAGAGAGGAAUUUGAUCCCUCACUCUUUCCGCUUGUCCAUCAAGGAGCACCACUUUGAGCUUGCCGCGUCUAACGCCAAAGAAAGGCAGCUCUGGAUCGAUCUCCUCUCGCUCGCCAUUUCCCGUGCCACCUUCUCGCCGCCUGGCUCUGUGGCAACCUUCCCCUGCAGUCUUUACUUCGGCGACGCUGCGGACGGCGAGUCUCUGGAAGCUUCCGAGGCGCCAACACCGAAUGCCAGCCGGCCCUCGGAAUUCCAAGGGUACUUUGAUGCAGCCAGAUCCAGCAUCGCAGAUCCUUUGAUGGAGUUCCUGGCUAUGCAUGCAGCAGGAGCGGCACAAACUACCAGCUCCAACCAGAAGGGCCAGCGCUCGUCGUCAGGGCCUUGGAUGCCUACCGAGAUCUUGCUGCGCCAUGCUUCGUCCAAUUCGCGCGCCAUCGUGGAUCGUGGCAUGGUCUUGUCGGACUCGGUCAUCUCGGCUCGGAUCGUUCGAGACGGAGGUGCUCUCUCCACACUGUAUGCGGCCUCUGGAUCGGGUCUUGGGUCCGCGGUAGGCUCGUCUCUCGGUCUCAGCCGCCUCUCUGCCAAGGAGACAUCGACGGUCAAGAUCCAGCGUAGGAAGAGCUGCGCCGGUCUGCUCGAGAACGCCGAUGCCGACGAGGAUCCCAACAAUGUCGUUUUCACCGCUACAUUUGUGCAACCGAGCUCGCGUUCGCGUUCCUCGACGAGGGGGCAACUGGACGCGCCGAACGAUCGAGAGGGAUGGAAGUCGUCGCUGCUCAAGAAGGCCAACAAGGUGCGACCCGCCAGCAUCUUUGCGCCCACGGGUCUCAGCGUCAGCACGGAGCUGGGAAGCCCUGUCUGGGGUCCUGGCUCGGUCUCGACGCCGACUUCACCCACCACGAUCAACCGCGAACUCCCCGUGCACGAGUUUGGAAGCUUUGGCAUCUCUGGUGCGCGAACCAACUCGACCGGACCUGGACCUUCUUUCCACUCGCUCACGUCUUCUCCGAUCUCGGGCAGCGAGACGGCUGCUAACUCUACGACCAAUCUGCGUGCUUCGGUCUCGUCGCUGCCCCCGCGAUCGCGCAACAGCUUUUACGGAAUGAAGGACUCGCUCACAAUGACAUUUGGCAGGAGGACUCGUACGCAGUCGGCACAAGGUGGAUUUGGCGAGAGCGAUCCGAUCACCAAACUUGGUGCAUCGUCGGCCCUGUCGUCGGCUUCUCCGUCGCCGAUGGCGAGCAACCUGGAGCUUCCUCAAGGGAUCGUGGUUGACUGUCAAUCAAGAAAGCCUUCGGCUGAGGAAUCGUAUGCGCAGCCACAAACGAGUCGAUCUGGCGGUCGAUCGCGCACCAGCUCGAUCACGUCAAUGACCGGGUCGCUGCGACGGGUGCUUACCACCACAUCGCUUGCGACGCUCAGCCAGAAGCGAGCACAAGCGGAUGCAGCCAAGCCGAGGGGAGGAUCGGUGCAGCAGGAAAGGCAAUUGGCGCUGAGCGGGCUGCAGACGCCACUUACUGAGUCUACGCCCUCAAGAAGCCCGUCUGAGAGCAUGCCGGAGGGGUCCGAGCCGUCGACACGCAAGGCUGGCACCAACACGCUGCGCAGGUCGAGGACGAUGCUCGACUACUCAAAGAGUUGGUUCCGCGCUUCUGCGGCGGCCAACGUGGUCGAGCGCGUUCACGCUGAAGCUGUGACCCCGGCGCAGGGCUCGCAACUGGUGCAGAGGCGGCCUUCGUCGACGAGCGUUACCACUGCCUCCUCUUCGGACGCUGAUAUUGGGACGGCGAGGAAAGAGUUGAAGCCACUGCGUGCCAACAGUACUCCUGUAACGCGUCAGACUCCUGCUCAAUCGGAUGCGUUCAGAAGGGCGUCGGAUACCCAGCUGGCCACGAUUGCGGAGCAGCACCGCGGUGCAGGGGAUAUAGGAGGAGUGCGACGGGUGUCGAGGGGCUUCAAUCCGCUUCGCUUCCUGCAAAACAACCGCAUCUCGCCGCUCCCGACGAAGAAUGGAGCUUGA